CUUCCCUACCUUAUUAAAAGAUGCCAAAAGGUGUUAGUAGAGGGUAUAUCGUAAGAGGUGAACCAUUGGAGAUCAUUAUGAUGGUUUACACCAGGAGUUUGAAGUUGAAGGUAAAGUAAUUUCUGGAAAAUUUCCUGUUGGUAAUUUAACAGCAAAUGUUUUGUUUGAUUGUGGAGCGGAUAGGUCUUUUAUUUCUAGCGCUUUUCUCCGCAUAUCUUCUAUUUCUUUGAAACCUCAAAAAUCCCACUUGUGUAUCAACUUACCUGAUGGUACACCUUACCUGUGUGACCGUAUCUUUUAUGAUUUUCCAUUGGAGAUUUGUGGGAAUCUUUUACCAGCUGACUUAAUUCAAUUCGAUUUGGGAACAUUUGAUAUCAUUUUGGGUAUGGAAUCGUUGGAGAGAUAUUCAGCGGAGAUUUUGUGUAAGGAAAAGGUUGUUAGAAUAAAAACUCCUGAGGGAACGAAGUAUGUUCGGAAGAACUCAGGAUCUCUGCUAGAGACAAUUUCUGUAAUUCAAGCAACACAAAUGAUAAAACAGGGAGAUGAAGGGUUCUUAUGUUUUGUUACUACUAAAGAAGUAAAACCUAAACCUAGUUUGCAAGAAACCCCGAUCGUGCAAGAAUAUUCUGAUGGGUUUCCUGAAGAUUUACCCGGUAUACCUCCAAAAAGAGAAGUAGACUUCCAUAUUGACCUUAUUCCUGAUACCACUCCUAUUUCUAAAACUCCUUACCGUUUUGCUCCAGCUGAGUUGGCUGAGCUAAAGAAGCAACUAGAUGAAUUGCUGGAAAAAGGUUUCAUUCGACCUAGUGUUUCACCAUGGGGAGCUCCGGUCCUCUUUGUCAGAAAGAAAGAUGGGAGUAUGAGGCUAUGCAUUGAUUAUCGGGAAAUCAAUAAGAUUACCAUCAAGAAUCGUUAUCCUUUGCCAAGGAUAGACGACCUUUUUGAUCAGUUAGGGGGAGCAAGGGUCUUUUCGAAGAUAGAUUUGAGGUCUGGUUAUCAUCAAUUGAGGAUUGCUGAAGAAGAUAUUCCUAAGACUGCAUUCAGAACCAGAUAUGGGCACUAUGAGUUUCUAGUAAUGCCAUUUGGUCUAACGAAUGCUCCAGCAGCAUUUAUGGACCUCAUGCAAAGAUAUUUCAACCCUUACCUGGAUAAGUUUGUGGUUGUGUUUAUUGAUGAUAUAUUGGUGUAUUCGAAGAAUGAAGAGCAACAUGAGCAGCACUUAAGGAUAGUUUUAGAGAAGUUGAGAAAGGAGAAACUUUAUGGCAAGUUUAGUAAAUGUGAAUUUUGGUUAGAGAACAUAUCUUUCUUAGGGCACAUUAUUUCGAAAGAUGGAAUUUCUAUUGACCCUGAAAAGAUUAGAGCAGUGAUGGAAUGGCCGAAUCCAAAGAGUGUUACUGAAGGAGUUCGGUUUCAGUGGGGCGAGAAGCAGAGUAAAUCAUUAGAAGAGCUUAAAAGGAGACUUACGACGGCACCUGUGUUGAUCAUGCCUGACUGUGGGAAAGCAUUUGAGAAGGUAAAAUUUGAAAGGCAGAAGAGUUCUGGACUACUUCAACCACUAAAAAUUCCUGAGUGGAAAUGGGAUUCCGAGAUUAAAAUUGAAUUUAAUUGCAUGAUGCUAGGCGAAUGGUUUGGAGUUCCUGCCGUAGGUUUUGAUACAUAUAAUGUUGGUCCUGAGAUUUUAUUUUCAGGGAUUAAUGAGAAAACAGUGCCAAAAGUUUUGGGGAUUAAUGAGAAGAAGGAUUGUAUUGAGAAGAAAUAUAUGGUAGGAUAUGGAGGUUUGUUAACUUGGUUUUUUAGGAAAUUUGGAGUCCCAUUGGAAGGCUUACAGUUUCCAAUGAGUUCUAACAACAAAAUAGGUGCAAAAUGUCUUACUAACUUGCACCUCAAAAUAUCUGAAAAAGGGAUUCUAGAGGAAGCUUCCAUUGAGGAUGUGGAGGAUGAGAAUUCUGAUGAAGAAAAGGAUGAGGAUGAAAAGAAAAAAAGGAAAUUGAGGGUCAAAAAUUUGAUGAGGAGGACAAGGAGCCUGUUCCCACUGCCACUUAAGAAGAGGCAAAAGUUGGUUCUAAAUGGGCACAAGAGGAAGCUCGGGAACAAGGGGAAGCUUUAA